CCGGGUGGCUGCGGGCGGCGGCGCUGGGCCCGGCGCGGCGAGAGAAGCGCCGAGAUGCCGAGCAAGAAGAAGAAGUACAACGCGAGGUUCCCGCCGGCGCGGAUCAAGAAGAUCAUGCAGACGGACGAAGAGAUUGGGAAGGUGGCGGCGGCCGUGCCUGUCAUCAUCUCUCGGGCGCUGGAGCUCUUUCUGGAGUCACUUUUGAAGAAGGCUUGCCAGGUGACCCAGUCCCGAAACGCCAAGACCAUGACCACAUCCCACCUGAAGCAGUGCAUCGAGCUGGAACAGCAGUUCGACUUCUUGAAGGAUCUGGUAGCCUCAGUGCCUGACAUGCAGGGGGACGGGGAAGACAACCACAUGGACGGGGACAAGGGGGCCCGCAGGGGCCGGAAGCCGGGCAGCAGCGCCCGCAAGAAUGGCGGCGUGGGAAGCAAAGGCAAGGACAAGAAGCUGUCUGGGACGGACUCUGAGCAGGAGGAUGAGUCCGAGGACACAGACACCGAGGGAGAGGAGGAGACGCCCCAGGCCCCGCCCCAGGCCAGCCGCCCCCCUGCGCCCUUUCCCAGCCCCCCGACACCCUUCAUGCCUUUCACCUCGACGCUGCCUCUGCCCCCACCACCCCCAGGCCUCUCGGCCCCAGAUGCAGAGGACGAAGAGGACUAUGAUUCCUAGCGCCCUCUGCCCCCCAGGCCACACCCCCUUUUAGUUGGUUUUAGUUGCUCUGGGGGGAGGAGAGAAGGUAGAGUUGUUCUUAAAUUUAUUAAAAAAAAAAGGAAUAAGGGAAAGCCAGUGUCUGUCCCAGCUUCUUGCCAGG